ACACGACGUCGGGGUCGGGGUGUGCCACCUAUGUCGUGUUCGACACGAUGACAGCGACCGUUAUCGUGUUGAACACGACGACGCGGUCAUGUUCAUCACGUGGUGUACAUGCCCGCACUCGAGCGUCAUCGUAUUGAAGACGACAUGUUGUCGCUUUCGACACGAGGACAGCGACCGUCACAGGUUGAGCACGACGGCGGGGUCGAGGGGUGCCACCGCGGUCGUGUUCGACACGAUGAUAGCGACCGCCAUUGUCGAGUCGAACUUGACAAUGGCCUAUGGUAAAUGUCGAAGCGAACUCGACAAUGGUCCGGGGUCGUCGUCGUGCCGGACUCGACAACGGCCUUUGGUCAUUGUCGAAUCGAACUCGAUAAUGGCCCGGGGACGUCGUCGAGUCGGACUCGACAACGUCCUGUGGUCACUAUCAAGUCGGAAUCGACAAAGGACAGGGGUUAUUGUCGAGAUGGAAUCCACGACGGCCUGGGGUCACCGUCGAGUAGGAUUCGACAAUGGCCAGGCCGCUGCCAUCAGUCGUCGAGUCGAACACGACGGCAGGGAAGCGCCAAAGCCUCCGGCCACUGUCGAGUCGRACUCGACGAUGACCCCAGGGCGUCGUCGAUUUCGUCUCGGCAUUGUCGAGUCCGACCCGACGAUGAACCCAGGCCGUCGAGUCGAACUCGAUGGUGGACCAACGCCAAGUGUUACGACCGACGUCGAGUCGAAUUCGACAAAGGCCCGGGGCCGUUGUCGAGUCCGACUCUAUGACCACGGUCCGUUGUCGAGUUCGACUCGACAAUGGCCAUAUGACUUGCCGCUGCCGAUGUGUUGGACUCGAUGGCCCCAUGCUGGCCGCUGUCGACUUCGGCUCGACGAUGCCCUACUGUCCCGCUGUCGAGUUCUACUCAACGACGGCGUGCUGGUCAUUGUCGAGUACGGCUCGACGGUGGCAAGCCAGCCGUCGUCGAGACAAGCUCUACGAACUCGUCCGCCGGCAAGAGCCAAGGCGCCAUCCGGGAGAUCUGCAGUGGAGGUCAAAACAUCUCGAUCGCUUGAGUAUCUGAAAGAGUUAUUUGAUCGAGAAACAAGUCCAGCUUUUGGAUAUAAUUGGCGUAUCGAAGAGGAACUUGAAGACAAAGUUGGGGAAAGGAAAGGAGCGAGCGGCGAUGAGAGUGGCAAUGGAUCAGGAUCAGGCGGCGGUGCGCUUGGCAAGGGAACAAGAUCAAGUGGUGGUGAACAUGGCAAGGGAUCGGAACCACGGGGCGGUGCCAGUGGCAAGGGCCUGGGACCGAGCGUCGGUGCAAGUGGAAAGCCAAUAAGUCAUGGUGAACUGCAAAAACACGAAAUGUGUCAAGGGCGUCAAGCAACAGAGGAAAAGGUAUCAGGACCAAGCGGCGGUGCACAUGACAAGGGAUCGGGUUCGCCUCUGGGAUUAGGACCAAGCAGCGAUGCACAUUGCAGAGGAUCGGGUUCGCCCCUAGGAUUAGGACCAAGCAGCAGUGCACAUGGCAUGGGAUCGAGAGGCGAUGCAAGUGGCCAGGAUUUGGAAGGAAGCGGCGGUGCAAGCGUCAAGGGCGUAAGUCAUGGAGAACUGCCGAAAUGUGUCGAGGACGUCCUUCCGGAUGACCAAGUUUGGGCGACCACUGUGUUGGCGAGCGAGAGCGUUACUGCGCAAGUGGAUAAUACUGGUGCACUUGCAGAAUUAGAGAUGCCAUUGGAUAUGCCAGCUGAGAAAGAUGAACAUGAAGUCUCUCUGGACAUGAAGAAUGAAAGCGCGACUGUAGGUGCAAACGAAACUGCCAAUGUACAGGCCAUCGAAGAGGAUGAAGGACAUAUAGUACUAAGUACACGGGAGCAACAUACGCUUGUACAACCUGAACUUAUGGUUGCAAAAGCAGAAGCACAACAGUCUGCUAACCUCGUGAUAUCUAUCGACGAAUCUCCUUUUACACCAUCGCAUGGUGCGAUAGAAGAUCGUGUUGAACACAAAGUGUUAGUGAGCCACCGAGUGCAUGACCCUUCGUUCCAGAUUCCUUUAGCAACAAAACGCCUCACCGUAGAAGAAAAGGAGUAUCUUGACAUGAUUACAGGCAGCAACGAAGACAAUGAAGCAUACGACAUUGUCGAUUACAAGGGGAGCUGGAAGGUAGGAAAGGAAGACAUCAUGGUCGUCGUCGAGGAUGGGAAAUGGCUAAAUGAUGAAGUCGUCAAUUUGUACCUGCUAGCCGUCUAAAUCACCAAUGAUCACAUCAAGGUUGAUUCGGCAUGUACAGAAGUGACAAGAGAUAGGGUUCCUUUUGUGUACAUUUUCAAUUUCUUUUUCUUCACUCGAUUGUCAGGUCCUUCGAGGUUUGAAACCGCAUAUUCCGAAG